AUGGGUUUGGUGUAUUUGCUUAGAAGGUCGGUUCAGUGGCCUGCCCUGAGGGCCCCCCUCUCGACAGCCCCCUCCUCGCCGCUCGCGGCGUUUCCUCUUCAGCACUACCAGUACGCCGUUUGCAAAUCCACUACCCACCAGACGGCUUUUACGUCUCUGUGCGCGCUUCAGUUUCAAUCCGCCGCCACCUCUUCAGCUCCAUCGGCAGCGAACGGGAUCCCCGGGGCUGUUACACAGGAGGAACAGCAGCCGCUGGAAGCAAACUCCUGGAAGGGGGAGGAGCAUAAUAGUGUACAAGAGAAGAAGAAUGAGGUAGUUGAGUUGAGGUUUCCCCUGUCACUCGAACGGCGUUGGGAUGAAGUGUAUUGCAGCGAUCUGUGUCUGCAACUGGACCGACUUAUUCUGUCUUGCACAUCAGCCGACGAAGUGUUGAGAAUUGUUGCAAGUCAUAGAGGAGCUUUUUUCGUCAAAAACCUCGUUUCUGCACUCAAGCAUCUUGCGGCUCUUGGGCUGCAGCCAAGCAACAACGCGAACGUUUGCACAUCGGCCACGCACCCGCAACAAAGGCCCAAUGGCAGCAGCAGCAGCAGCAACGGCGCUGCAGCGGCAGCGUCUUCUGCUGCUACUCCCUUCCCUCAGCUGUCUCUAACGCUCCCCUCUCCUCCAACGUGGCCUCAAGAACCUCUGUCGUUAUAUCAUUUCUUCUCAGCUUUGUCAGGAGAUGAGGCUGCUGUCGAGAGGAGUCUGUCGCAGCGGAAAGAAGUAGAAUCCAUCGUUCGAGAUCCCAGGCAGGUUGUUGUUGAUUCUGUUGCUGCUGCUGACGCUGCUGCUCGUUCUCCCCAUCUCUUCUGUUUGCCGUAUUUCCCCGCUCCGUCUCGUUGCUUUUUAUGUCCGUUUUGCCACCGCAUUGAUGUCUGUUUUCUUGUUUUUUGGUGUAACCCUUUCUUUUUAUUCCUAUUCAGGUAUAUGCUUUUGGUGCAAGACCUCCGUCUCCAUCGAAAUGUACUGACAUUUGCUGCUGCUGCAGAUGUCGUGUUGUCUUUGCGGGCCCUCAACCACCCGCACUACCCGCUGUUGUCUGCGUUGCUGCCGGCCUUUAAAACCGUUCCCCUUCCACCCGUACCUCCUCUCUACCAGCAGGAGCAGCAGAAGCAGCAUGCCGUGCAACCACAGCAGCAUGAGCAUCAUCAACAUGAGCAGCCCGACAAUGAGGUGGAGCAGCAGCAGCAGUGUGAGCAGCAGCAGCAGCAGCAGCAACAUGAGCUGCAGCAGCAGGUUGAUUUUCAGCAGCAACACCUGCAGCAGUUGGAAUUGGCUCUGUCGGUUGCAGAGGCUUAUGUGGGUUUCGGGUAUAAGGAAACUCCUCUCUUUGAGGGAGUUCAGAAAUAUCUUCAAUUAGCAGCAAAGCGCAUAUUGCAAUUCGGUAGCAAAAACGGCCAAACAACUACAAACAACAGCAUACCACCAUUCACAGAAACAACAGCAACAGCAACUGCAUUAACACCGGCAACCCUCUCAGCUUCCCCAGAAGCAGGGGAGGCUCCUGGGGACCUAGGAGCUUCUCUAGUUGGUUGCGGGGUACAUAGAGAAUUUCCAUUUUCUGUUUUCCCCUUCAAGCUGUUGUGCAGUGCUUUGUUUGUUUUUUCUCGAGUUGCGCUGAAAAACGAUGAUGUGUUCAGAGCCCUGUGUUUACACGCAGCAGCCAACAUGCGAGUUGCUGCAGCAGCAGAAGUGGCAGCUGCUGCGGAAUUUGCGGCUGCUGGGGCCCCACACGCUGCUGAGGUGCAUGCAUGCAUGCAUGCAGUUGCAGAGGAGUUGCUGCGUCGUACUUCGCGGUUUUCUUUGAAGGACAUGUGCGUCUGUUUCGCCGCCUUUACACAGUGCCUGCUGCACUUUCCUGAUGCUGCCGCUGCUGCAGCGGCGCGAGCAGCAGCCCACCUCUCGUUGGCUGCAGCGGUGAGGCAGCGCGCCGUCAUUACACCUGGAGAUAUCUGCAGUCUGUUGCGCAGCAUUUGUUUUUUCUCGCCAGACACGGCGGGGCUGUAUGCAGUGCAGGAAAGCCCCAACCCGCAAGACAACAGGGAUUCCCUCCUCGCUGCUGCUGCACACUACCUGGAGGAACACAUCGACUGCACUUCUCCUGAGGCGUCUCUUGAUGCUUUGCUCGCCAUAAGCGCAUCUGCCGGCGCACCUGCCAAACAUUCUUACUGGAUAUGGUUCUUGAUCCGUAAGCUCGCUCAAGGCACCUCGUGGGAGAAAAGACGACCGGAAGUGUUUUGGAUCUUCAUGUCACAGCAACUCCUCUUUCCUCCCCUCGACUACCAGUUACCGCUUAGGUGUAUCCACGAAAGUUUGCGCGCCUGGUGUAUGUCACGAGGGGGGUUUUCAGUGGAGUUUCGAGAGGAAGUUGCUGCCGUUUCCUCCCUUCUUAAGUCGUUGGGAGUUCUGCACAAAACAGCUGUCGUCAUUGGCGACAGCCCGCUCCCUGUAGAUAUCCUUAUUCCAGCAGCAGAUGGAUCGCUGUCAGCGCUAAUAGUGACGCAAGAAUGCGCAAGAAAUACAAUGGCUCUCUGCGGCGGCAGUCAGCUGCUGGCUGUACACCUCAAGUCGCUUGGCGUCGCAAGGGUAUUGGCCAUCAGCCGCAACAAAUGGAGACGCGCAGAUCCAGCAGAACAGAAAAACAUCAUCUUAAACCGACUCGAGGCACUCGAACGCCUCAGAAUGGAGGAGCAGCAGCAGAAACAAAGACAACAACAGCAGCAACAACAGAAGCCGCAGCAACAGGAGCAGCACUCGGAUCAAGCAAAAGAACAGUAA